AUGACAAUUAAUACUCUUUACAAUAAAGAGAUGGCAUAUUUUGAAACUGACUCUUUUUUUUGUGCAUAUUUGUUAAGUUUGUCAAACAUUGGGCAAACGAUACCACUUGAACGGUGGUUGCUAAGUAACGGGAGAGACGCCCAGUCAACAUCUGAGCGCAGGAUGGCUGAGGAAGAAGUUGAGAAGAUUAUUCAUCACACCAAGCGUAUUUUUAUCAACAACGUUGACUCCUAUGUCUCGAAAUGUAUCGCAAAGUUCUUGUCUGCCUGUGUAGUGGGGGCGUCCCUGGUGGAAACUGACGAGCCAGAGGUGGAGGAAGGGGAAGAGAGGCUAUCAAAAGAUGAUCAUCCAAAAGUCAAAGACGGAACCUUUCAAAUUGUCGGAACUAUUGCAAACAAAAACGAAAGAAGACCAAGUUAUGUGUUGGAUGAAUAUUUUCAACUGAAAAGGGAAGAACUCCUGGAGUGCCUGAUUGAGUGUGAUAUCAUAAUUUACAACAUCACUGAGGAUGCUGACCAGAUGGAGGAGGCCUCUUGGGCAAUCUCAGCCCUUCAUGCUGAGAUGGCCAGGUUCAGUCAGCCAAAGAUGUUCAUCCUCAUAUCAACUGUAAUGACCUGGGCUCUCAGCAAGCCUGUCGAUGCGGAUGACCCUGAGAUUCCAUUUACUGAGGAAGACUACAGGAGAAGAAGAGCCCAUCCCAACUUCAAAGAGCAUAUCAACGUUGAAAAACUUGUGGUCAAAAUGGGCAAAACGAAAAGUUCAUUGCUCUCCACAUACGUAGUGGCCUCAGGAGUUCAGUAUGGAAUGGGAGAGCAAGUCUUCCACUUCUUCUUCAAGACAUCUUGGUUGGGAGACUUGCCCAAAGUCCCUAUCUUCGGAGAAGGCACCAAUGUCAUUCCUACUAUUCACAUCAAUGAUCUUGCAGGUGUGAUCCAGAAUGUAAUUGACCACAAGCCAAAACCACAUUACUUAGUCGCUGUGGAUGAUUCCAAGACUACUAUCGAUGACAUUGUAAAGACAAUAGCCGAUGUGGUGGGGCCAGGAAAGACCAAGAGAGUGCCAAAAGAGGAUGCUUUUCUCACUCGGGAUUUGAGACAAAUGGACAUUGAUGCUCUGUUUGUCAACCUUCGGAUUGAGGCUGUCUACCUGAAAGAGAGCUUCAACAUCCACUGGGUGUGUGAGUCUGGUCUCAUAGACAACAUUGACCGUGUUGUGGAGGAAUACAAACAAACCAGGGGCCUGCUGCCCAUCCGAGUGUGUAUCAUGGGCCCUCCAGCGGUGGGAAAGAGCACAGUAGCAGAGAGGAUCUGUAAACACUACAAACUGCACCACAUCAGACUCAAGGAAACUAUCACUGAGACCCUUGCACACCUGGAGUCUAUCGUUAGGAUGGAGGACGGAGAGACUGAGGCAGAGGAUUCUGCCACCUCAUCAGAACUCCUGGAGACUUUGAAGGAGAACAUGGAUCAAAAUGGAGGUCGACUGGAUGACCAGUAUGUGAUCAGGAUCAUGAGAGACAAGCUGAAGUCAAAGCUGUGCAGGAACCAGGGUUUUGUCCUGGACAGCUUUCCCAAGACAUAUGAACAGGCCAAGGACCUGUUCUAUGCUGAUGAUGAUGAGCCAGAGGAUAUGAGGUCAAAGAUCCCUCCAUUCAACAAGAAGAUAAUUCCAGAGUUUGUGUUCUCCCUGGAUUCCUCCGAUGCAUUCCUGAAGAACCGUGUCCUGAACCUCCCGGAGAGCCUGGUGGAGGGAACGUCCUAUUCCCAGGAGCAGUUCCUGCGCCGCCUUGCCAGGUUCCGGGAGAGCAACGUGGAGGACGAGACCGUCCUCAACUACUUUGAAGAGCUAGAUAUUCACCCGGAGCACAUUGAUAUCACCAGCAGUGACGACCAGGAGUACCUGGUGGUGACAGAGAGGAUCAUCAAGUCAGUGGGCAAGCCUAAGAACUACGGCCCCACCAGCCAGGAGCUGGAGGAGGAGGAGAGGAGGAGCGCAGACCGCCGGCUGAGAACGGAGGCCCAGAAGAGGGCUGACACAGAGAGGCGUGAGACAGAGGAGGCCCAGCAGAGAGCAGCCCGCUGGGAGGAGUGGAGUAAGUGUCUGGAGGAGGUGAAGAAGCAGGAGCAUGAUCUCCUGGAGGUCCAGGCUGUUCCCCUGAGAAACUAUCUGAUGAAGAAUGUCAUGCCCACUCUCACCCAGGGCCUCAUCGAGUGCUGCAAGACUAGGCCUCAGGACCCUGUUGAUUUCCUGGCAGAAUAUCUCUUCAAGAGCAACCCCCAAGUUGAGUGAAAUGGGACUUGUCUUCAGGAUUUAUAACCUCAUAUCAGUACCAUCUACAAUGCAGAUUUGUACUCACAUCAUAUUUAAAAGUGAUUUAGUAAAAGCCUUUUCUCACAAGAGUUUUUAUUUUGAUUAUAAUUAGGGGGGAUUCUUAUACAUUUAUAGUAUAUUGUAGCUGUGUUAUAUUAUUUACCCAAUAACAUUAUUACAACACAAUUGUAAAAGAUGCAAUGAAGCCAUGAUGUUCAACUCCUAACAUUUCAACUUAGUGAGUUUACAUCAAAAGUAAAAUUUCAGUUCACACGUUUAAAGUGUCUAAAUAUUACUUUUGAUGUAAACUCACUAAGUUGAAAUGUUGAAAUAAUAUAACACAGCUACAAUAUACUGUAAAUGUAUAAGAAUCCCCACUAAAUAUAAUCAAAAUAAAAACUCCUCUUGAGUUUGGUUGCAGACAUAUUUCAGCCAUAACAUUUUAGGUGGCCCUCCCCCCAUUUCAUGCUGUGACUUUGAUAAAUUUGAUUAGUAAAUUAUGUCAUUCCCUGCCCUGUUUUAUUGACACAACAUUGUUUGUGUUGUUUUCUGCAGACCAUUACUUAAAAGCCCCAAAAACUGGAGAAAAAAAGCCUGACUGAAGCCAACAGCUAAUUAACAUGUUAAUUUGCGUAAUGAACUCGGGUGCGCUUGGUAACUUAAAAGUAGACCCAGUCGGGUCAUAAUGACUUUGAUUUGGCUUGUGAUUUCAAAGGAUAAAUGUUAAAAAUGGCAGCUAAUUGCGUCACUCUCUCAUGUUUCCACUCGCCGCUCUAAGU